CUGUAACUUUUACAUUUGUAUAACAAAACCUCCAACGGACCAAAAAAACUUUAUAAUUUUCCCCUUCCGAUGAUGAGAGCAGCGCUGUUGUGUUCAUUUCCCCGAGUCUGUAGGUUCUGGGUGUGUCCGCUGUGUGUCAAUCAAGACUUGCUCAAUCCGCAAGCUCCUCCCCUUUCGCUUCUUCAGCUCGCUCCAGCGCGCGGUCUGUCAAGUCACGGCGCAACUUUUCUCAAUCACGGGAUUUUACAUCACUUUUCUGGAGUACAAAAACUAACUUUUCCGGAGUGAAACGUUGUUGGACCGGCCUCUGAUGAGAUGGAGGUUUAGGAGGGGUGAUUGUCGUAGUAAAGAGUAAGAUUCGGGUCAUAUUUAGUGUUUGAUGGCUGCUGGGGAUGGAGCCCAGCUGCCGGCGACCGUAGCGGCCAGCAGGAGCGUGGAGAAGGCGCUGGAAGAGGCUGCGUCCAGCGGAGCGCUCAUCCUCUCUAACCGCAAACUCAAAGAGUUCCCCCGCACCGCCAGGAACUAUGACCUGUCCGACAUUACGCACGCAGACCUGUCAAAGAACCGGCUGUGUGAGGUGCCAGAGGAGGUGUGUCAGUUUGUGUCUCUGGAGACUCUCAGCCUGUACCACAACUGUGUGCGAUCCCUCACGCUCAGCCUGUGCCAGCUGCAAGCUCUCACCUACCUCAACCUCAGUCGUAACCAGCUGUCCAGUUUACCGCCAUCAGUAUGUCAGCUCCCUCUCCUGCGGGUGCUCAUCGUCAGCAACAACAAGUUAUCAGCGCUACCAGCCUCUAUACACACACUCACACACCUGAGACAACUGGAUGUGAGCUGUAAUGAGCUGCCGUCACUUCCCGUUGAGCUCGGCCAGUUAGAAGGUUUAAGGGACUUAAAUCUGAGAAGAAACCAGCUCACAACUUUACCAGAAGAGUUGUCAGAGUUGCCCCUCGUCCGUUUGGAUGUGUCGUGCAACCGCAUAUCCCACGUGCCUGUGUGCUACCGCCAUCUGCGGCACCUCCAAAGCAUCAUCCUGGACAAUAACCCUCUGCAGAUGCCCCCCGCUCAGAUCUGCUCCAAAGGGAAGUUUCACAUCUUUAAAUACCUGAACAUGGAGGCCUGCAAAAUAACUCAGGACCAGUACGAGAAAGCUCUGCGGCCCACUGGUUUCAGCAGCUGUCUGGAUCAGGACCUGUUCCCUGUUCAGUUUGGUGGCCUGGAUUCUGGCUUUAAUAGUGUAGACAGCGGGAGCAAGAGAUGGUCAGGAAAUGAGUCUGCUGAUGAUUUCUCUGAACGCUCGCUGCGAUUGACAGAUGUUUCCCGUGAGCAUACACAUUUUCAGGAGGAAGAGGAGAGAGAGACAUUACUAGAUGCACCAAAAGUGAAUGGAGAAGUGGAGCAAGUGGACUUCAUAGACAACAGUCUAGUGGAGGAAGAAGAAGAGAGGUGUGGUCCUGCGCUUACAGAGCCCUCUCAGGAAAAGAGUGAAAGUUUGGUCAGCACACCAUCCCAGAGCCCCGAAUCUACAGGCAGCAGGAUAUUUGUGAUUGGAGAUGGUUCAGACUCCGGUUCACCAUCUAGUCCUACUUUAGAGGAGAAAAGGAGACCUGGAAACCUGCUGAUCUGGCAGGAGAGAGAGCGAGCCCAGCAACAGAGAGACAGAGCCAGCACUUUGCAGAAGAUAACUGUAAAAACAGGAAGUAGCUCAGCGGCGGUGACGACGACAGCAAAGCACGGAGGAACAGGAAGCUUUUCAGGUGGUGAUUCAGAUAGCAGUUCUCCACCUAAUGGCCUGAAACAGAGAUGUGCAAGUGCUGAUCAGGUUUCUCCAUCCUCUCAUACAGUGUCUUUGCAGCGCUCCGUCAGUCGCACAGAUGCAUCCUCUGUGAAACCAUGCUCUCCGACAGGUUCUGCUCCCAAACCCAACAGCUUCUUAUUCCGUACUUCUUCACGUUGCAAUGUCAAAACUGGAUCAGGGAACAGUUUGGCAGAGUCUGGCCGCAGCGAAUCCCGCUCCACACUCAGAUCCCCUCGAGAAGAGAGAACAGACAUCAUGCAACUACGAAAAACUCUGGAGUCUCGUCUAAAGAUCAGUCUACCUGAUGAUCUUGGAGAGGCGUUGUCCAAUGGCACAGUUCUCUGCCAGCUGGCCAAUCACGUGCGACCUCGUUCUGUGUCAAUCAUCCACAUCCCCUCACCGGCAGUGCCAAAGCUGAGUGCUGCCAAGUGCCGCCUCAAUGUGGAAAACUUCAUUGCUGCAUGUCGCAGACUGGGAGUCCCUGAGAUGGAGUUGUGUUUAGCGUCUGAUAUCCUGCGCAGUAAGUUGCCUGCAGUUCUUCGCUGUGUGAUGGGGCUCCUGGCAAAAGCAGGAGACGAGGAGGUGACAGAGGACAAGAACACCACCUCUCCCUUUGUCUCUCCUUCCUCCCCCUUUUCCAUCGGCUUCCUGCUCUUCUACUCUCUCCUUAUGGCUUUGCUCUAUCUGUUGUACUGCAACCUUAUAGCAUAGUGCGAGCAAGUAUCUCUGUGUAAAUACAAUGGAUUUUAAAGUCCAUCUUCUUUGUACUGUGUACACUGUAACAUCCAUCCUUGACAAGACCUACCCGUACACCUUUAAAUAAUAAUAAUAAAAGAAAUAGGCAAAUUCUAGUGGCAAUUACCAAUAUAAUUUUCAUACAUGGGGUUCUGAAAUAAUUUAAUAGAUGUAACUUCAAUAUUAUGAUUGGUUCUCUGGAUUUGCUACAAUUGAUAUUGACAACUGAUAUAUUAUAAGAAUAUAAGAAUAUAAGAAUAUCAGCAUUUAUAUAUAUAAGAUAUAC